AUGGCUAGCACAACGAUAGCUCGUCUCUCCUUGGCGCUCGCGGCCAUCCUUCCCGUAGCUCUUGCCACCUUCCCCCACCGCGCGCUGCUCCAGUCCUGCCAGCCCAACGGCUCCAUCCGCGGGAAGUCCGGCAGCUGCAACCCUGAUAACGACUCCAUGUGCUGCGAGGGUGGGAAGCGCUACACGACGUUCGCGUGCUCCCCGCCGGUGACGGCCCGCACCCGCGGCACGCUGACGCUCAACAGCUUCGCCAAGGGCGGGGACGGCGGCGGCGCUUCCAGCUGCACCGGCACGUUCUUCGACGACGACGUGACGGUGGUGGCGCUGUCCACGGGGUGGUUCAACAAAGGGAAGCGGUGCCAGAAUAGCAUCGUGAUCAGGGCGAGCAACGGCAGGUCCGUGACGGCCAUGGUCGUAGACGAGUGCGACUCUCUCCACGGCUGCGACGAUGAGCACAACUUCGAGCCCCCGUGCUUCAACAACAUCGUAGAUGGGUCCCCGGCGGUGUGGAAGGCGCUCGGGCUCAACACCGACGAUGGGGAGGUGCCCAUCACCUGGUCCGAAGCGUGA